AUGGCCGAAGAUGCGCGAGGUUUCAGUAAUAUCCGCGAUGACUUCUUCCUACCGAUGAGAUUGACCUCCUCGCCUCCAACCUUCACCAACACAUUCAUAGAACAAAAACACCCAACUCGGUGCUCGCUUAAUGCAAUCUCCACGACACAAGCUCCGAACCGUACUUCCUUCAUCAGCAAACCUUCAUUGGACGACAACCAUCCUCCUCUAUCCUCCAAUCCUCUUGUUGCACAUCUAUACAAACUCCGAAACGGUGGAAAACAACUCACACCUGCGUCGGAGACAAGAGUUCAAAAGUUCUCGCUCUACCACGCAACUCCGGAGAACGGAAAAUCAUAUACAUCGGAGACCGUAAUGCUACAUCGGUCUUCUUUUUCCUCUUCGGGAAAACCAAACUGA